AUGAGAUCCACUUAUCGAGAUGUGUUUGCAUUUUGUGUCAAGUAUGAUAUUUUGAUACCUAAUUUGGAUGAGUUCUAUCAACUUCAAGAACUCAAGAAUCGUUUUAAUGAGGUGAGAACGGAUUUUCUUAUCGGAGUUGCUUGCUUGAACCCAGUUGACACAUUUUCUAGUUUUGACAUCAAGAAAAUACUGAGAAUGGCUGAAUUAUAUCGUUAUGAUUUUGGUGAAAAUAUAAUGACUACUCUGAAGAAUCAAUUAGGGACUUAUAUUGUUGAUGUCCGUGAAGUUGAUGGAAGAGUCUCCAACCUAAGAAGACUUGGUGAUCUUUCUGAAGAGCUAGUUAAAGCAAAGAAUCAUUUAAAUUUCUGUUGCUCCUACCGGUUGCCACUGCUACAGUUGAAAGAGCUUUUUCGGCAAUGA